AUGCGCCUGCAACUACAGCAAAAUUGGCCCUGCCAGGUCUCAUGGUCACUACCAUCACUAAUCUAUCUCCUCGCCCCCGUCCAUUUGUACCGCGACCAUUUCGUGCUUAUAACGACAAGAUAUCCAGCAACCGUCAAAGCACCUCCAAAGCACUUCCAUCAUGCAUUCGCCAAGCGCUUCAUCAUGUUUGAUGUGAUGAUGGAUCUACACAGUAACUCCGAAGCCGAGACAGUGACCGCAACAGUUGAACUUCCCUCUUCCGAACAACAGGAUGUUAACAUCAAAACCCAUGGGAAACACCUAACAAUAUCUGGGCAUUUGAAACGCUCGGAGAACCACGAAAAGGGUGGAUAUACGGUGCAGCAACAUCUGUAUGGCAAGUCUUCUAGGUUAUGGCGACUGUACCGUCCAGGCUGA